AUGAUAAACUCUACACAGGUUUCAUAUUUUAUACUUGCUGCCUACUUUGACACUGGGGCAUUGAAAUACUUAUAUUUCAUGAUUGUCAUGUCUUUAUAUAUGUUAAUUGUUGGUGCCAAUCUUCUGCUCAUUGUGGUUAUCUGUAUGAACAGAAGCUUACAUGAACCUAUGUACCUUUUUCUGUGCAGCCUGUUUGUAAAUGAGCUGUAUGGUAGUACAGGGUUGUUUCCAUUCCUUCUGCUUCAGAUUCUCUCUGACAUUCACACUGUUUCUGCUCCCUUUUGCUUCUUGCAGAUUUACUGUCUGUACUCUUAUGGAUGUGCAGAAUUUGUGACCUUAGCCAUCAUGUCUUACGAUCGAUAUCUUGCAAUCUGUUAUCCUCUACAAUAUAACACACGUAUGACGUCUAAAACGGUUGCAAUCCUUACCACAUUAAUAUGGUUAUACGGUGUACUUUUUACUGGUGUCAUGUUGUCUCUGAGUGUCCCUUUACAGCUGUGUGGGAACACAAUUCAAAAAGUGUACUGUGACAACUACCCCAUCGUUAAACUGGCCUGCUCUGACACCACUGUAAAUAACAUGUAUGGAAUUUUUCACAUGUGUACAGUAAUUGUUGGUCUUAUAAUUUUAAUUCUCUACACUUACAUGAGGAUUCUUAAAGUGUGUUUUUCUGGUUCUAAACAGACCAGACAAAAAGCUGUCAGUACCUGCACUCCUCACCUUGCUUCUCUGCUAAACUUUUCUUUUGGGGCCUUCUUUGAAAUAAUGCAGAGCAGGUUUAAUCUGAGCAGUUUACCCAAUAUGUUGCGCAUUCUUUUGUCAUUAUACUGGCUUACAUGCCAACCGCUCGUCAGUCCUUUAGUGUAUGGACUGAAAAUGUCCAAAAUACGCACUGUUUAUAAAAGUCUGCUCUUUGGGGGAAAAAUUAACUACAAAUCUUCAGCCCCAGUCCACCACCCCACCCCCUCCUCAGAGUUGGCCGGCUCCCCACCUCCCCUCCUCUCUCCAUCUCAGAGGGGGAAGUCAACAGGCUAUUCAGGAGGCAGAAACCCCGCAAAGCAGCUGGGCCAGACUCUGUAUCCCCAUCUACCCUGA